AUGCCCGUCUCGGCCUCUCCUCCUGCCCAGCCCGCGGCACCGCCCCCUCCUCCUCCUCCCGCUGCUCCUGCCCCUCCGGAGGAGACGGAGGCGACUGCCGGUUCACCUUCGAGGGCUUCAGCAGUGGGGACGGUGAACUGGGGAACGGCCACGCUCGUUGGGGUCUUCGCUGGGCUGCUAUACGGCGGGAGCAGGGAGGCCUCCGCCUCCAUCAGUAAGGAUGCUGAGGUGAUGCUGAAGAUGGGAAGCACCACUGACAAGCGUGAACAGUAUAGAUUGAUGAGAGAUGCCAUGGAGAAAAGGUUCAUCCGGGUUGCCAAAGGUUCACUAGUCGGGGGUGUUCGGCUAGGGAUGUUUACUGCGAAUUUCUUUGGCAUACAGAACCUUCUUAUCGAUACUCGUGGAGUUCAUGAUGUAUUCAACAUUGCUGCAGCUGGCUCUGCUACUGCAGCUGCUUUUGGGCUUAUAUUGCCAGGGUCAAUGAUGUGGCGUGCAAGGAAUGUAUUGGUGGGAUCUGCUCUUGGUGCUGGCAUCUGCUAUCCACUUGGUUGGGUACAGUUGAAGCUGGCAGAAAAGGCCAACUUGGAGAUUGCAAUUUCAAAACCAUCAGCCGAUUUGACAGAGGGAAAGGGAAAUAAAACCCGUGUGGGUGCUGCUAUCGAACGACUUGAGGGUAGUCUGAAGAAGUGA